AGUCCAGUCCCGCCCCGCCCCGCCGUACGCGGGGUGGCCCCGCCGGGGCUUGGUGCGGCCCGCGGCGCGGGAGCGGAGCCUCCCGGCAGCCGGACGGACCGGGCGCUUGCUUUAUUGGUGGCGGCGCCAUCGCGGCUCUGGGCGCCGGGCUCCAGCUCUCGCACGCUCACAACUGCCGGAUCAAUUGUUUUGUGUCUUAAAGUUCAACAGAUUUAAAGCUGGGUUCAGACGGAUUCCACUUCAUUAGGGAUCCCGGGGCGCUUGCCAUUUCUGAGGACGAAAAUGGCCUGAAAGACAGAAUUAUCCGAGUGGGCACCAGGAAGAGCCAGCUGGCUCGGAUUCAGACUGACAGUGUGGUCGAGAUGCUCUGCAAGCAAUACCCUGGCCUUCACUUUGAGAUAGUUGCCAUGUCAACAACUGGAGAUAAGAUUCUGGACACGGCUCUUUCCAAGAUCGGGGAGAAGAGUCUUUUUACCAAAGAGCUGGAAAAUGCACUAGAAAGAAACGAAGUUGACCUGGUGGUUCACUCCUUGAAGGACCUGCCAACAUCGCUUCCCCCUGGCUUUACUAUUGGUGCCAUCUGCAAAAGGGAAAACCCACAUGAUGCUGUUGUGUUUCAUCCUAAGAGCUGUGGGAAAACACUCAAUGCCCUCCCUGACAAGAGUGUCAUUGGAACCAGUUCACUUCGGCGUGCAGCACAGCUCAAAAGGAGCUUUCCUCAGCUGGAGUUCAGGGAUAUUAGAGGGAAUUUAAACACCCGCUUAAAAAAGCUGGAUGAGAAGGAGGAUUUCAGUGCUAUAAUCCUUGCUGCAGCUGGACUGAGGAGGAUGGGCUGGGAGAAUCGGAUUGGUCAGAUUCUAAACCCUGAGGAUUGUCUUUAUGCUGUUGGCCAGGGUGCCUUAGCAAUAGAAGUUCGAGCCAAAGACCAAGAGAUACUGGAUAUGGUAUCUGCCCUGCAUGAUGGGGAGACAGUGCUGUGCUGCAUUGCUGAGAGAGCCUUUAUGAAACAUCUGGAGGGGGGAUGUAGCGUCCCUGUUGCAGUCAGCACCCUACUGAAAGACUCCCAGUUGUAUUUGACAGGAGCUGUCUACAGCUUGGAUGGAUCAGAUAGCCUGAGAGAAACUAUGCAGACCAGUGUUAAUUACCCACAGCAGAAUGAAGAUGGACCCAAUGAUGAUGUGCAGCACGUUGGUAUCACAGCCAAGAACAUUCCUCAUCGUGCUCAAGAGGCUGCAGAGAAGCUAGGUACCGAACUAGCCAGCUUGCUGCUGAGCAAGGGAGCCAAGCACAUCCUCAAUGUGGCAAGGCAACUCAAUGAUGCCCGCUAAACCCACCCAUUAGUAGCACUCAUGGGCAUGAUUCCUGCAAUCUUGCUGGGAGGUUUGAUGGAUAAAUGGGGGACUAAGCCUCUGUGGCUCCUGAGUAAUCACCCAUUGAGUCUUGAAGUCUUAGGUCAGACUUCAAAUAAUAAACUAGUUCCUGUAGGGGUCCGGAUUCUUGUUGAUAAGACUUAAUUGUAUUAGUGUUUCUCCUACUCAGACUCUCUUUUUUGGGAAGUCUUAUUUCAACAGCUUAAUUUUGUCCUAGAAAAUUUACCAAAAAGCUUGAAAACUGUCAUUUUAAAAUACAGUAAUAACUGAACACAAUCUUAAGUCAAGGACAGCACUGUUAAAAGGCUGAAAGAAGCUAGGGAAGGCUCCAUGACCAGCUGAAGUUUGUGUGCAUUCUCUUUGGGCCCAGUCUUGAAGCCAUCCAAUAAUUGGCAAAGAAGCUCAAAGGGUAAGAAGUCUUCACCUUUAACAUGAAGAAUUCGUGUUGCUGUCACUCAAAGAAUUUAAUGGGUGAAACUUGAGAGAUUUUGAUUAUUGGACUUAACUGCAACAGGCACCAAUUUAAUUGUAUUUGAAAACCAUUUGGUAACCUGUUGCCAGAUAGAAUCAGUCAGUCAGGAACGGGGCACGUUUAUCUUGAAGUUCAACAUCAGGAACUUAGCUUCUAAAUUAAAAGUCAGUAGAAAGUUUAGACUUGAGAAUACACACAAGUUGAACUUUACUAAUCUUUCCAGAUUUAGUUGCCAGUUCCUUCUAUAAAGACCACAGAUGGGACUGUACUUUCCACUAGUGAGUCUGCAUCUGCUCCAGAAAGGACCAGUGCCUUCUAGAAACAUUUACAUUGCAUUGUACAGGAAUCCUGCUCUGCAAGUGAAAGUUAAUUUUUUACAUCUGUGCAAUAUCCACUGAAUGUAACAACCACUGAAUAGCCUAAAAAAGUUCUAAUUUAUGUUCAUUUAAGAUGCCUUUCCUCAGAAGAAGGGUUGCCAUUUACACUGUUUCUAGCCAAGUGGUAGGUCCAAAUAAACCCUUCACAUGA